AUGGCCCCCGACGCCCCCGUUGGCCAGUUGUCGAGCCAACUCGAAAAGCUCUCCGUCGGCCAGCUCGAACCCUUCCCCAACUCCUAUCCAGACCUCAACCCCAUCGACAUCUACCGCUCUCACAUCGCCUCCCUGGUCUCCCAGGUCUCGGGCGUCGACUCCAAGAUCAUCUACCCUGUCAUGCAAUGGACCUCUACCCUCGACAACGGCGAUCUGACCCUCCCUGUUGCCGCCCUCCGCAUCAAGGGCAAGAAACCCGCCGAGCUGUGUGAAGAGUGGUUGCCCAAGUUCCCCGAGUCUCCCCUCAUCGAAAAGCCCACCAGCGCCAACAAUGGCGCCUUCAUCGUUUUCUUCUUCAAGCCGGGUCCCCUCACCCAGCUCGUUGUGCCUCAGAUUCAACAGCGCGGCGCGGAGUUUGGAAAGAAUCCGCAUCCCGGCUUGAGGGAUCCCCAAGACCCUUCCAAGGGCAAGAAGCGCAUCGUCAUUGAAUUCAGCAGCCCCAAUAUUGCCAAGCCCUUCCACGCCGGUCACCUUCGGAGUACCAUCAUCGGCGGUUUUCUGUCCCACCUUUACGAAAGCGCAGGCUGGGAGGUAGUACGCAUCAACUACCUGGGCGACUGGGGCAAGCAGUACGGCCUGCUCGCCCUCGGCUUCGAGAAAUACGGCAACGAGGCCGCCCUCCGAGACGAUGCCAUCAACCACCUGUUCCAAGUCUACGUGAAGAUCAACAAUGACCUGGCCGAAGAAAAGGAGAAGAUCGCCGAGUUCGAGAAGGAGGGCAAGGGGGCCGAGGCCGAGGGGCUCAAGGAGAACGGCCUGGACGAGCAGGCCCGCCGCUACUUCAAGGCCAUGAACGAUGGUGACGACGCUGCCCUGGCGCAGUGGCGGCGCUUCCGAGACCUCAGCAUCGAGCGGUACAAGGCUACCUACGCCCGCCUCAACGUGCGCUUCGACGAGUACUCGGGAGAGUCCCAGGUCUCCGAGGCCGCGAUGACCAAUGCCGCCAAGGUGUUGGAGGAGAAGGGCAUCUCUGAGGAGUCCGAGGGUGCCAUCGUCAUUCCCUUUGCCAAGCAUGUUCCCGGGAAGGCAGGCAAGAGCCUGGAGAAGCCUGUCAUUCGGAAGCGUGACGGCACCGCGCUCUACCUCACCCGUGAUAUCAGCGAGCUGCUGCAUCGGGUGGACAAAUACGACUUUGACCACCUGAUCUACGUCGUUGCGUCACAGCAGGACCUCCAUCUGAAGCAGCUCUUCAAGAUCAUUGAACUCAUGGGUCAUACCGAGGUGGCUAAGAAAGUCCAGCACAUCAACUUUGGCAUGGUCCUGGGCAUGAGCACCAGGAAAGGCACUGUCAAGUUCCUGGACGACAUUAUCCGUGACGUAUCGGAUCACAUGCAUGAGGUGAUGAGGAAGAAUGAGGAGAAGUACAAGCAAGUAGAGAACCCCGAGGCCGUGGCAGAGACACUCGGCAUCAGCUCCAUCAUGGUGCAAGACAUGACAGGCAAGCGGGGCAACAACUACACCUUCAACAUGGAGGCCAUGACCUCCUUCGAGGGAGAUACGGGUCCAUACCUCCAAUACGCGCACGCCCGGUUGUGCUCCAUCACUCGCAAGUCAGGCCUCAGCGACGAGGAUGUGGUGACGGCCGACCUGAGCCUCCUGACUGAGAAACACGCGGUCGACCUCGUCCGCGUCCUCGCGCAGUAUCCCGACGUGUUCAUGAACACGCUCCGGACGCUGGAGCCGACUACGGUACUCACGUACCUGUUCAGGAUGACCCAUCUCCUGAGCAGCAGCUACGACCACCUCCGGAUCAUCGGUAGUGAGCCCGAGCUCAUGAAGGCCCGUCUGGCGCUGUAUAACUCGGCCCGAACUGUGUUGUCCAGCGGCAUGCGGUUGCUUGGGUUGACUCCGGUUAGCCGGUAA